AUGUCGACACAAGUCGGCAUCAAGCCUGCGCCGGCAGGUCAAACAGUAGACUUUGUCGACCCGCCCACCCAGGCCGCUGCCAAUAUCGCAAUGUACACCAUUAUGUUGGUCGCGUGCACUAUUUGCUUAGCAGUGCGCAUGUACACACGAGCAACGAUUAACCGAUCGUUUGGAUUUGAUGACGCCUUUUGUAUUGCUGGAUUCGCCUUCCUCGCCACAUAUUCUGGACUUAUGAUCGAUUGCGGCAAUUAUUACGUAGGACGCCAUAUUUGGGAUAUUACCCUUCCUAUGUUAAUUCGUGGCUCGAAGCUCGAGGUAUGGGCUGAGUGGAGCUACCUCGUGGUCUCCGGCACCGUGAAACUAUCUUAUCUUCUCCUCUAUAUCCGUAUCUUUGGUCCAUUCCAGCGAGUCACUCCAGUCCUGUGGACCGGUGUGGUGUUUGUUUCAUUAAUCUAUGUCGUCCUGCUGAUGAUGUCGAUCCUCGAUUGUCAACCUAUACAUUCACACUGGGACAAGACUGUAGACGGAAAAUGCUUACCCGCAAUGGUGCUUGCGUAUUCAUCUGGAGCGUUCAACGUUGUCACCGAUUUAUUUGUGCUCAUUGUGCCAAUGCCCACAGUUUGGUCUAUGACCUUGACCACAGCCAAGAAGUUGCGGGUGUCUGCUGUUUUCGGCCUGGGUAUUAUUGCGGUUUCCCUGAGUAUUACUCGUCUGGCUAAGACCCCGAUUGUUUUCAAAUCCACCGACCCUUCAUGGGAUUUGUCUACUUUUGCUGUCUAUUCCUUCCUCGAACUGAGUUUCGGUUUUAUCUGCUGCUGUCUUCUUACCUUCCCAGCAUUCCUUGAGCACCACGGCACUGCCGUAAUGAGCUGGAUAAGAUCACGUACCAACUCUUCCGCAGGAUCUAAUUCCAAAAGCACAUCACCCUGCCCCAGCUCUGAAAGGAGGAGACAAAGCCCAAAGACCGCUGAAAACGACAUACAUUCCCUCAAUUCAUACCACAGUUCUGACGCCCGUCUCACUUUCGCCACAACACCUACAGGGCUGGUCCGAAGUGCUGAUUUAGAGACAGGUGAACUGCGUGGUGUCCCGAGCUCGACAUCUAGAAUAGAACAUAUCGAUGUUUGA